CAUCCACCUGUUCCAUCUUCGAAUCACCCCCCGAACCUCCAUCGAACUCCCCCUCAAGCAUCAAAAUGCCUCCUCAAGCAGAAAUAAUAAACGGCAAAAAGACUUUCACAAUCCUUGAAAACAAUCCCGAAGUCUUCAACGCUCUCUCUCUUAAACUCGGGCUCUCCCCAGACUGGCAAUGGCACGACGUCUACUCCUUCACCGAGACCUCCCUGCUCUCCAUGGUCCCCCGCCCGGUCCUCGCCCUCCUGGUUAUCAUCCCCUUGACCCCCGCCUCAGCCUGGAAACUAGACCGCGACGCUGAAGACAAAGAUAAACCAGCAAUCUACCAAGGCAAAGGACCAGAUGAGCCAGUAUUGUGGUUCACGCAAACGAUUGGCAACGCAUGCGGCAGCAUUGGGAUGAUUCACUGCCUUCUCAACGGUCCAGCCAGCGAGCAUCUCGUGCCUGGCUCAUUCUUGGCGAGAUUGAAAAGUGAGGCAGUUGAUCUGGGCAUGAAUGAGAGGGCAAAACUGUUGUAUGACAGUUUGGAAUUGGAAGAGGCCCAUCAGAGUGUGGCAGAGAUAGGCGAUUCGAAGAUGCCGAGUUUGGAUGCGGAGGGCCAUACCGGGCAGCAUUUCGUGGCAUUUGUGAAGGGUGGAGGGAAGUUGUGGGAGUUGGAGGGGGGCAGGAAGGGACCGCUUGAGAGGGGGAGUUUAGGUGACGAUGAAGAUGUACUGGGCGCGAAGGCUAUUGAACUGGGAAUUGGGAGGGUCAUUGAGUUGGAGAGGGCCAGUGGAGGAGGAGAUUUGAGGUUCAGUUGCAUUGCUUUGGCGAAGAAGGUUGAGUAGUAAGCUCGAGGGAGAGGAAGAUCGCCCAAGAUUUUCGGUUAGGGCGACCGGAAACGUGAAAUUAAAACAUGGCAUCGGGAAAUCGGGGCGUUGAACUCUGCAAAGCCUUUCAUUACACUGUCGUUAUUAGUAGAUUUGGGCCAUGUUGUCGUAGAAAUUUCAGGCUCUAAUCCCG